GGCAGCGCAUUCCCUCCGCCCACGACUUCACCGCAACGACGCCCUUCUCUCUCCCCUUCCUCAUCAAGCACUGUCCUCACCACCCGUUGGCUGCCCGUCAUGAACAGACGGGAGUCCACAGCGACCUCGCGUCCGCGGCUCGAGGCCGUCGACGACCUCACGAUCCUUUCUCCCAUUUCUGAGGAUAUCAUCGUAGCAUGUCUCCGCGAACGGUUCAUGUCCGACAACGUCUAUACGAAUAUUGGCACCUCUGCCCUUGUCGCAACUAAUCCUCACAAGUAUGUUCCAAGCAAUUCCGACGCGGUCAUGCACAAGUAUGCUUCCGAGUAUCGCGACACAUCGCCGGACAAAGUACGCUUGCCGCCGCAUGUCUUCCAACUUGCCAACAACGCCUACUAUCAUAUGCGGAGGACUAAUCAGGACCAGUCGAUCCUACUGAGCGGAGAAACGGCGAGUGGAAAAUCUGAGAACCGUCGUCUGGCCAUCAAGACGCUCCUCGAGCUCAGCGUCAGUCAACCGGGAAAGAAGGGCGCGAAGCUCGCACACCAGGUGCCUGCUGUGGAAUUCGUAUUGGAGACUUUCGGCAACGCACGCACGCUCUUCAACCCUAACGCUUCCCGUUUUGGCAAGUACACAGAGCUUCAGUUCACUGAAAGGGGCCGUCUGUGCGGGUUGAAGACUCUCGAUUAUUACCUCGAGCGUAAUCGGGUAGCGGGGGCACCGUCUGGCGAACGUAACUUCCACAUCUUCUACUACCUCGUCGCUGGUGCAUCGCCCGAGGAGAGGCAGCAUCUGCAUCUCCAGGAGAAAACAACGUACCGCUAUCUUGGACAGCGCAAUCCUCCUGGUCGUGGCAAUGCUGGACGGAGCGAGGAUGCCGUGCGGUUUGAUCAACUGAAGGUGGCGUUGAAGAAUGCCGGGUUCUCGAAGCGGCAUGUGGCGCAGACAUGCCAGCUAAUCGCGGCCAUCAUCCACCUUGGGAACCUCGAGUUCACCAUCGAUCGCUCCCGCAACGAGGACGCGGCUGUAGUACGCAACACCGAUGUCCUCGAAGUCGUUGCAGAUUUCUUGGGCGUGCAGCCUUCAGCCUUGGAGGCGACUCUAUCGUACAGGACAAAGCUCGUCAAGAAGGAGCUUUGCACGGUGUUCCUUGAUCCAGAUGGUGCUGCUGACAAUCGAGACGAGCUCGCGAAGUCUCUAUAUGCUCUUCUCUUUGCGUGGCUGAACGAGUACAUCAACCAACGACUAUGCAAAGAGGACUUCAACACUUUCAUUGGAUUGUUCGACUUGCCUGGUCCGCAGAACCUCACCAGCAGGCCCAACUCGUUGGAUCAAUUCUGCAUCAACUAUGCGAACGAGAGAUUGCAUAACUUCGUCCAGAAGCGGCUGUUCGAUCGCCACGUCGGGGAAUACACAAGCGAGGGCAUCAUGCGCUACACACCUCACAUUCCUUACUUCGACAACUCGGAAUGCUUGCGCCUGUUGCAGAAUCAGCCCGGCGGCUUAAUUCACAUCAUGGACGAUCAGGCGCGGCGCAUGCCCAGAAAGUCGAAUCUCACGAUGAUCGAGUCGUUUACGAAACGAUGGGGCAACCAUUCGUCGUUCAAGGCCGGUGCUAUUGACCGUUCGGGCCUCCCCACCUUUACCGUCAGUCAUUUUAGUGGCCCUGUCACAUACUCCUCAGAGAACUUCCUUGAGCGCAAUUUGGAGGCGCUCAACCCCGACUUCGUCUCACUCCUCCGCGGAAACAGCUCGUCUGCCGAUGCUGCACCAACAGAUGGCUCGGGUUCCUCGAACCCCUUUAUUCGCAGUCUCUAUUUUACUAGGGCGAUUGCCACGCAGGUUCAUCCCCGGAAUGAGGAGACCAUUAUUUCGGCUCAGCAGCCUGUCAAGCCUAUGCGUGCUCCAUCGACAAGAAGGAAAGGCACGAUCAAGCGUAUGGCGACGGUCAAGGAGGACGUCAUCGACGAGAAAAACCUGGAUGAUGAGGAGCCUUUGGGUACCGCCGUCCUCGCAAAUGGCCCUCCUUGCAUCGCGGGCGAGUUCCGCGGCGCGUUAGACACGCUGUUUGAGACUCUGGACGAGACCCAGUCAUGGUACAUCUUCUGCAUCAAUCCGAACGACUCGCAGUUACCGAAUCAGCUGGAGGGCCGCUCCGUCAAGGGCCAAGUCAGGAGCUUGGGCCUAUCCGAGGUCGCGAGGAGAUGCGUGAGCAUGUUUGAGGUGAACAUGACCCCGGAAGAGUUUGUGCAGCGGUAUCAAGGGCAGCUCGACACUCUCCAUGUCAUUGAAGGUACCCCUAGGGAGAAGGUCGAGCAGGCUCGGACUGCGUUAGGUUUGGAGGAGAAGGAUGCCGUGCUGGGCAUGAACAAGGUUUUCCUCUCGCAAAGAGCAUUCCACGCAUUUGAGGACGAUCUCCGAUCCAAGGACACUGAAGAGCUGAAGCGAAAUCGAAUGCGGGAUGCUGAAGCGGAGGCGGGUCUUGACCCGAGAGGUCUGCAUGACCCCUACGCGCCUUAUCAGAAUCCUGGUGACGACCAGUACAACGACGGCGAAUACAACGAUCCGUUUGGCCAGUCGAGCCAGGCUCUUCCCCUGGUCUCUCAUAGCUCGCCGUUUCAACGUGGAGACAUGUAUGGAGAUAUCGAUGAAAGGAAGUCCUUCCGCAGUGAAGACUAUGAUGGGCGGAGUGCGUACACAAGCCAUCGCGACAUUGAAUCCGUCUCCAACUUCGGCUCGGAGUCGUACGCACCAUCGGGGAACAUGUUCCAGGGCGCUGAUAAGAAGGGCCUGUUGGAUAAGGAGGUGAUUGCUGGAGAGAUUCAGGAGGGAGAAACCACGGAGGUUGUGAAGGAAAGUGCUUUGCGUCGGAGAUGGGUCAUAAUCUGUUGGAUCCUCACUUUCUGGGUUCCUACUCCGCUCUUGAAGUGGAUUGGUCGCAUGAAGCGUCCAGAUAUCCGGCAGGCGUGGAGAGAAAAGUUGGCGAUCAACAUGCUCAUUUGGUUCGUUUGCGGAUGUGCGAUUUUCGUGAUCGCCGUCUUCGGCAACCUCAUCUGCCCCACACAACACGUCUUCACCACCAACGAACUGCAGGAGCAUUCCUUCACGAGCAAUCCGAACAAUGUAUAUGUUGCCAUUCGCGGAGAGGUCUUUGACCUCACCGAGGUGGCGUACACUCAUCUGCGCGUCGUGCCUGUCAUAGCUUCCAAGUUGAUCCUGGCUUAUGGUGGUACCUCCGCCGAUGCCAUCUUCCCUGUCCAGGUCUCUGCGCUGUGUAAUGGCGUUAGCGGUUCCGUCAGCCCGUAUGUCGUCCUCGACUCGGCCAACGACACCGACGUCAAUGCACAAUACCAUGAUUUCCGCGCGUGGACCAACGAUCCCCGUCCCGACUGGUACUUCGAGCAGAUGGUCCAGAUGAGGUGGAACAACCGCGUUGGCUGGAUGGGAUAUACCACCAAGGAUCUCAAGAACCUGGCAACUGAGGGCAACACUGUUGGCAUCUACAAUGGCAUCAUCUAUGAUCUGACCGAUUACGUGACGAAUGGCCCUGCCACUGCUCCUCUCGACAAUGAGGUUUUACCGGGCACCAUUGACACUCACUUCAUGUCCGAUGCGGUUGUCAAUGUGUUUCAGUACAACUCCGGACAAGAUGUGACCAAGCAGAUCAAUGCUCUCAAUCUCGAUUCCAAGGUCCUCGAGUGGCAGCAGACAUGUCUGCGUAACUUGUUCGCUAUCGGUAUGGUCGACACGCGUGACUCGGCGAAGUGCCAGUUUGCGACGUACAUCCUGUUGGCGCUGUCCAUCAUGAUGGUCAGUGUGAUCGGGUUCAAGUUCAUUGCGUCAAUCAAUUUCGGCGGCGAGCGUGCACCGGAGGAUCACGACAAGUUCGUCAUUUGCCAGGUGCCGUGUUACACGGAAGGUCACGCGUCGCUCCAGACAACCAUCGACUCACUCGCGCAGAUGAAAUACGAUGAUAAGCGGAAGUUGCUCUUGAUCAUAUGCGACGGUAUGGUCGUCGGUUCCGGAAACGACCAGCCCACUCCUCGUAUUGUCCUUGACAUCUUGGGCGCGAGUCCUAAUAUCGAUGCAGAGCCACUUAGCUUCCUCUCGCUCGGCGAAGGCGCGAAACAGCACAACAUGGGCAAGGUGUACUCCGGUCUGUACGAGACCGCCGGCCACGUCGUCCCCUAUCUCGUGGUUGUUAAGUGCGGUAAACCCGGAGAAAAGUCGAGGCCUGGCAACCGUGGUAAGCGUGAUACUCAGAUGCUGCUCAUGCGGUUCCUGAACAAGGUCCACUUCAACUCGCCAAUGAACCCUCUGGAGCUUGAGAUGUACCACCAGAUUAAGAACGUCAUUGGUGUCAACCCGUCCUUCUAUGAGUAUCUGUUCAUGGUCGAUGCCGAUACUACGGUUCAUCCUAUGUCGGUGAAUCGCUUGAUUUCUGCGAUGGUUCAUGAUAAGAAGCUGAUCGGAGUCUGCGGUGAGACAGAGCUGGCGAAUGCAAAGCAAUCACUGGUCACGAUGAUGCAGGUCUACGAGUAUUUCAUCUCGCAUCACAUGGCGAAGGCGUUCGAAAGCCUGUUUGGUUCCGUGUCUUGCUUGCCCGGUUGUUUCACUCUUUACCGUCUGCGUACGCCGGACACGUACAAGCCGCUCUUCAUCUCCAACCAGAUCAUCGAUGACUACUCCGAGAACCGCGUGGACACGCUGCACAUGAAAAAUCUCCUGCAUCUGGGUGAAGAUCGAUACCUGACCACGAUCGUGCUCAAGCACUUCUCGCAUUAUAAAACGCAGUUCGUCCGGGAUGCUCACGCAUACACUGUCGCUCCGGACGACUGGAAGGUUCUUCUGUCGCAGCGUCGGCGCUGGAUCAACUCGACCGUGCACAACCUUGGAGAGCUGCUUUUCUUGGAUCACCUUUGUGGAUUCUGCUGUUUCUCGAUGCGUUUCGUCGUCAUGAUUGACCUGGUAUCAACGUUGAUCCAGCCGGUCACUGUUGGCUACAUUGUCUACUUGAUUUACCGCGCUGCUGGUUUACAUGAGGGCAUCCCAAUCAUCUCGGCCGUCAUGAUUGCAGCGGUCUACGGUCUGCAGGCUCUCGUGUUUGUCUUGCGUCGCAAGUGGGAUAUGAUUGGUUGGAUGAUUUUUUACAUCCUCGCCAUUCCGGCGUUCUCGCUUCUCCUCCCAUUGUACUCGUUCUGGAAGAUGGACGACUUCUCAUGGGGUGCGACGCGUGUCGUCUUGGGCGAAGCUGGCAAGAAGGUUGUUGUCCAUGAUGAAGGUAAAUUCGACCCCAGCGUGAUCCCGUUGAAGUCUUGGAAUGACUAUGAAAAUGAAUUGUGGGACAAGGAGUCUAACCACAGUAUUGGCUCAUGGGUGCCCCCGACAAAGAUGAUAAACGAUGGAUACGCUGAGUCGCAUACCGCAUCUGUCUAUGGUCGCGAGACUGUCUACGACCCGGCGAUGUCUCGCGUUUUCUCUCCUGCUCCGUCGCAACAGGUGAUGUACUCUCCACCUGACUAUCACUCCGGCCGAAAUACCCCUGUGAUGUCCAUGGCUGGAUAUCCCCCUCCUAUGGCAUACCAACCAUCAUCUUCGCGACCAGUGAGCAACUAUGUGGACGUCCAGAUGCCAGCGCCAUCGCGACCUGCGAGCAACUACAUGGGCUUACAGAUGCCGUCGCCAUCACGGCCUGUGAGCAACUUCAAUGACGUGCAGAUCCCCAUGACGCGCAGCCCCGAGGACAUGGACUUUGCAGGCAGCACCAGGAGUGGGCCAUCGGAUGCGGACAUCGACCAGGCAGUGGAGGACAUCCUGCGGGAAGCAGACCUGGCGACGACGACAAAGCGGGAGAUCCGCGGAAAGCUGGAGCAGCGCUUCGGCAUGGACCUAUCGUCGCGCAAGCGGGUGAUCAACGAGGCGAUUGACAGGGUGCUGCUUAGCCAUGCUGGGUGAUUGUUUGUUUGGGACUUUUUUCGGGACAUGAUUUGCAUUCGUUUGAGCUCGGAUUUUUUUUUUUUUU